AUGGCUCCCAAGAGGAAAGCCGCUGCUGCCACCGCCAGCAAGGCUGCAGCUUCAGCUCCAAAGAAGGCGAAGGCAGCCAAGAUUGAAAAAGCAAUCGAAGCCGCUCCUGCAGCUGCAGGCUCCUCCGAUGGGAAGAACCUUUCCCUCAUCAUCGAGGCGUGGGCAAACAAACUUGAGAAGGCAUUGAAGGAGGCAGUGCCAGACUCUGUGGUGGUCAUCAACCCAGAGAAGCCUCGGAAGGGCUGCUUUGAGGUCAGGGAUGCAGAUAGCACCAAGACAUAUGUGUCCCUCUUGGUGAGACCCACCCUUCCGGCCGCCUCCACUGACAUGCCUCGGCCCUUCACCAAGCUCAAGGCUCUGGACAUUGAAGCUCUGGCACAAGAGAUUGCUGAUGGCACCGCCUAG